GUGAGGGCCAGGACGCAGAAGACUUUGAGCUCAUCCCAGAUGGAGACGAUGCCCAACCUGACGGUGCUUCGGAGGAUACUGUUUCUCUUACACUGAGGCGAGAAAACAGCAUCCGCCGCAGCCAGCGCAAUGGCAGUGUCAGAUUAAGAAGAAAUAUUUCCAUUAAAAAAUCUGCAAAUGCUGAUGAACCACAGAAAGGCCAGAAGCUUAUAGAGAAGGAAACUAUGGAAACAGGACAGGUGAAGCUUGCAGUGUUCCUGCAGCACCUGCGAGCCAUGGGCUGGGGAUAUUCUGCCAUGGUUUUCCUGAUUUACUUCAUCCAGACCGCUGCUUUCAUCGGUCAGAAUUUGUGGCUGAGUGACUGGACCAGUGAUUCUGUGGAGUACUACAACAUGACAUACCCUUCCUGGAAGAGGGACACAAGGGUGGGAGUGUUCGGAGCUCUUGGAGUGGCUCAGG